AUGGCCCCGAUGAAUGAUGAUUCAUUGGACAGCAUAUCCCACGAUAUAACGGAUAUGAAAUCAAUUGCAAAUGCUCAACUUGAUAUUGAGCGGACAGCCACAUCAGGGACUGAACCCCAUGGAAGCGCCAUGGAUUUAUCGUCUGCAGCACCGACUGCGGGAUAUCACCGGUCCCUCACGAGACGCAAAGUCAUGAUGAUGACCUUCGGAGCUGGAAUCGGGACUGGACUCUGGGUAGGAACUGGACAGGCACUACAUUAUGCUGGUCCUGCUGGUACUGCGGUGGCGUAUACACUCACUGCAAUCAUUGUUUAUGCCCAAUACUCUUCGAUUGGUGAGAUGACAACAUACAAGCCAGUCCACGGGGGCUUUAUUCGCCAAUGCAUUGAGUACAUAGACCCGGCAUGGGGAUUUGCAAUUGGGAUGAAUUUCUGGUUCGCCUGGGUGAUGAUUAUACCCGCAGAAAUAACAGCGGCAGUUUCAGUUCUACAAUUCUGGCCCGAGACCAACGUCGUACCUCUUGCAGCAUAUAUCACGAUGUUCUUGGUAGUCAUAGGAAUGGGAAACGUAUUCCAUGUCCGUGUUUAUGGCUACAUCGAAUAUUAUAUGUCGUUCAUCAAAUGCAUUGCUGUAAUUUUGAUGAUUUUCUUCAUGUUUAUCAUGACAUCAGGGGGUAUUGCGGCUACGAACGGUCCCAUCGAGUUUCGUUAUUGGAAAUCCCCAGGUGCAUUCAAUAAUGGCAUCAAGGGUAUUGCCAAAGCCUUUGUACAGGCUGCAUUUAGUUUUGGUGGUGGCGAGCACAUCGCUGUUAUCGCAGGUGAAGUAGCCAACCCGCGGCAAACGAUAAAAAAGACAGUUAGGCCUGUGUUUUGGCGCAUGUUCACCUUCUUUGUGGUCAACAUCUGGUUAGUAGGGAUGUGUGUACCCUAUGAUGAUGAAGAUCUUGCGACUGCGAGCGGAACACUCGGGAGCCCCUUCGUCAUAGCUAUCAAACGCGCGGAUGUGUACGGCCUUGCACACGCUAUUAAUGGAUUUAUAUUCCUUAGUGUGAUCAGCUGCGGCAUUACAAGCGUCUACGUGGCAAGUCGUAGUCUGACAGCCUUGGCCGACAUGACAAUUAUCCAUCCAUUCUUUGGCACCAAAGAUAAACAAGGAAGGCCAUGGGUGUCAAUCAUUAUAAGUUUAGGACUCGGAGGCGGCCUGUGCUAUCUUAAUGUCAGCAGCGUGGGCACUGUGGUAUAUGGAUGGUUUUCUGCUCUAGUUGCCAUUGCGACGCUGUUUGAAUGGUCAUCCUGUUAUAUUUCUCACCUGAGAUUCAGACAGGGGCUCAAAGCGCAGGGAAAAGAUCUUCAGACCCUCCCAUUCAAAGGAUUCCUUACUCCGUGGGCACAAUAUCUCAGUCUCAUUAUCGUGGCAUUUAUAUUUGGCUGUGAAUUCUACUUAUCAUGCUGGCCAUUUGGAGAGAAAGGUUCCGCGAAAACUUUCUUCUCCAGCUACCUUGCAGCUCCCUUGUUUGUUUUUGACUACUUUGCAUACAAGUUUUAUUAUAAAACAAAAAUUGUGAGAGCAACUGAUAUGGAUUUUAGUGAGGCACAAUACUUCGACGAAGAGGAGCACUUGCAAGAAUUAGCAGCACAAGAGGAGGAGAAAGGGGCAUUCUCGCGCGGAAAGGAGACAUGGCUGAAACGUGCACGAUAUUUGAUAUUUGGAUAA